ACCCUAGGUCUACCACUUCUGGUUGCAGAGGAAAGUAUCUAUGAGGGUGUGUGGCGACGACAGUGGCAAGGUUACGUUGGCAACUAGGGCCACUAGAACUCGUGUUAGGAUAUGAGAAUAUACACAGAAGUGUGGGAGAGAAGUCAGGCAAAAUUGUUCUUCGCUACAACGGAAUGUACUUAGAAAUGCAGUGAAGAAGCAUCACAACCAAGAUAUCAAGACCAAGCUGCUUCCUAGCAAGUUUAGGCUUGGGAGACCAACAUAAGUCUUCAUGGAUAUAGUCGACACAUUUAACCAUUUAAUUCCUACUGAGCAUUUAGAUGAUGCGUUGUUUCUAGGAGGUAACAUGGAAAGUGAAGUUUGUGACGAAUUUAGUGCAAGUCAUAAUGUGUUAGAAGACUCUCUGAAGAAUAUGCUUAGUGAUAAAGAUCCAAUGUUAGGAUCUGCCAGCUCGCAGUUUUGCCUUUCAGCUUUAGACAGCAGUGACAUUGAUUUUCCUGUACCCUGCACAACAGAGCUUGACGACGUCAUGAAUGAAAGUGAUGUGAAGGAAAGUGGUCAUGAUACCAUGGAAGAAGAGGAACUGUUGCUACCUGGUCGAAAUCUCAGACGUAGAACCGCUAAAUCUUCAACACCUUCUCCUAGGAAGUCACCUCGCAUAGUGUCUCAAGAACCCAGAAGAAGCCUGCGACAAAGUACCAUUGCCAGACGGUCAGACACAUCUGCUUCAGUAACAAAAAACUCACCUGUAAAAUCUACACUGAUACAGAAUGAACAAACUCCUCCAGAAAAGCAACUGGCAUUAUCUCCUGAAGGAGAAGAGCAAGGUGAAGCACUGCAAGAAUCAGAAAAAAACAGCACGCUUAGAAGGAGUACAAGACGAGGUCCACAGACAGCACAGGAGAUGCCAGUGCAGGCAUCUACACCAAAAAAAAGGGUAAUGAGAUCCACUAAGAAAAAAGGUCUGAAUGAGAUGGCAGGUGAUGACACUGUGGUUUCUCCAGUGAAAAAAGAGAAGCCAUCAGAACUUUCAGACUCUCUGGUUUCUGCAGAUCACUGCCUUGUGAAAAAUGUAUAUAUAGGUGACAAAAAAGAUACCGCAGAUAUUGAAACAGAAUGUACUACUGAUAAACCUGUGUCAGCAACAGAGUUUGAAUGCACUGAGUCAGAUGAUGUUGAACUAAAGACAAAAACAGUUGAGAAUGUGCUACAGAGUUCAGAACCCCAUUCAUGCACUUUAAAUGUAAUGUUACUAAAACCUGAAGAAAAAUCUCUUGAAACACUUAAUAUUUCAUGUGAAGUCACCAAAUGUACAGAUCCUGUUAAAGUUAAUGAAGGUAAUGAACAGGGAGCGCCUUUAAUAGGGGAACAUCCAGAAUGUCAUUCUAAUUCAGUUCCACAUGAUGAUGAUAAUGAUGGGCGUAAAGAGUUUCUUAAUGAAAGUACAGCAGACUCGUCAGACAACCUGAAACCUACCUUUGGGAAUGUACAGCUCCCUGCUGUAUAUGAAGGAGGUUCCUUAUCUGAGGAUCUCCAAGCAGAAGGAACAGAAGCUUGUUCUGGGAAGUCAGAAGAUAACUUAGUAAGCAGUGUAAGUGAUUGCAAAGAAGACCAAAAAAUAUGCGAUCGCAAUGAUAAGCAACUACUGGAACAUGAUGCAGGUUCUCAACUUGCUGAUGUCAAACAUGGUCCCAAAACUUCAAAAAGUACAAAGAGGAAGGAAACCAAACAACAAAAACUUUUGGAAAAAAAUAAGAUUACUCCAGGUGUGAAAAAAAUUGUUCCUCGAAAACGCACAGUGGUACAAAGAAUCAAUGUUUCUGGUGGAAGUCAGUCAGUAAUGUCUCCUUCAGAAAACCCACAAAAAGGAAUAAAGCGAAAACAUGUUCAGAACAAAGGUCAGACUGCAUGCUCACCUCCAAAAACUCCAAAGAAGGCUGUAAUUGCCAAAAGAAAGUGUAGUGAAUUGGAAUCUCUCCAUCAUGGUGUAUCAUCUGAGGUGCAAAAAACAUACUUGGGACCUUCUGUGAAAGUAGUUGUUCAGGGGACAAAGGUAAGGACAAUAUUAACAGAAAGCCAUAGUCCACAGAUAAAGGGAGCAUUGGUAAGAGAACAUGGCCAAAAGGUUAAAACAUUGCAAGCUCAGCACAAUCCCCGUAUUAAGAAGACAUUGGCAACAGAUGAAAUUUCACAAGUUAAAAGAACACUAGGAGGGGACUACAGUCUUCAUGGUAAGAUAUUGCUAAGUGGAGAUCAUGGACCACAGGUUAGGAAAAUGCUGGUAGGGGACCGAAUUCCACAAGUAAGGCCAGCACAGAAGAAACAGAGACUCCAAAAUAAAUUGAUAAAAGCUAAAGAAUACGGUCAAGUGUCAGCCAGUAAGAAGCCAGUGGUUCCUUCUUUAGGUCAAAAUCAGUUACAGAAGCAUCAAGAUUCAAAACAAAUUCUCAGCCUGGUAAAACGUGCAUUACCACAAAGUAAACCAUUACAGUAUUCCAGCCUGAAACAUUUGCAACUGUUGCUGAAACAUACAAGUCAGCAUCAUGACAACGAUGAAGAGAAACUUAAUGAGACAGCAAAGGAUUUAAAAGAGGAAGAUAGAGAAAAAUUUAGACAGAAGAAGACUGAGAAAGGAACUCAACCAAGGAAGAGGAGAAGUAGUACAAAUUACUCAUCUGUAAUUAAUCAGCAACAUGAAAUUGUUGAAGAGAAAGAUACAAUGGUGACAGAGGAUUUAAAAGAAGAAGAUAAAGAAAAACUUGGACAGAAGAAGCUUGAAAAAGGAAUUCAACCAAGACAAAGGAGAAGCAGUACAAAGAACUUGUCCUUAGUUAGCCAGCAACAAGAGGAUGUUGAGGAGAAGGAGAAAGAGAUGACAGAGGAUUUAAAAGACGAAGAUCGUGAGAAACUUAGGCAAAAGAGACUUGAAAAAGGAAUUCAACCAAGGCAAAGAAGAAGCAGUACGAAGAGCUUGUCACUUGAUGAUACUCCUUUAUUCAUUCCAGAUAACAUACCUUCUAAGGGUUCAGAAGUUCAUCCUUAUAGUGAUAAAGGUUUAUGGGAUCACAACAAGCACUGCAGCUUUUGCAGGAAACCACGUAUUAGCAGGUUUAUGGUAGGAUGUGGGCGUUGUGACGAGUGGUUUCAUGGUGACUGUGUGGGCUUGAGUCUUGCUCAGGCACAAUAUAUGGAACAAGAAGAUAUGGAAUAUGUUUGUUCAAAGUGCUCUGCUGAAGAAAGAAAAGCCAGGUCUGUUGAUCACAGUGUGCAGGAUCACCAUUCCAAGCAUCAGCGACAUGGAGAGAAAGCAGUUGAAAAACCCAGAGUAUCUAGUCCUGUUGGUGGCACAGGUGUAAAAACUGGUACUAAUGAGAAAACAAAGCAUGUUGACAGUGCAGCAAAACACAAGGUCAAAAUCUUCAAGAAGGAACCUUCUGAUGGGAAGAGCUUGGUUGACCUAAAGGACUUAGAAGGCAAAAAAUAUCAGCAGCUUCAUGAACGUAAAGCUGUACAGCCAGUAUCAGUAUUACAUCGGUCUCCUGAACAGAAAUCUGUACAGCCACCACCAAUGCUACAUCGGUCUCCUGAAGAAAAUACAGAAAAAUUAUCUAGGGAUAUUUCCCCUGUCUCCUCACCAGUAGAAAAAGCAUUAAAGACAGGUACUGUUGCUGAAAAGCAAGAGGUCAAGAAGAAGAAAAUAGAGAAAGGCUCCCCUGGAACUGCUCAGUCCCCUCCAGCCAACAAACCGUCCAUAGAUCAGAUACGGCAGAGUGUCAGACAGUCUUUAAAAGAAACUCUUGAGAAAAGAAUUGCAGAGACCAAUAUGAGCCUUCCAGAAGACAGACCAGGAAAAGUUGCAGGAAAAAUAGAAAAAGAGUUGUUCACUUUCUUCAGGGACACAGAUUUGAAGUACAAAAACAAGUACAGAAGUCUAUCGUUUAAUUUGAAAGAUCCUAAGAACAAGGUCUUAUUUAAAAGGGUGCUUAGAGGUGAAAUCACUGCAGAGCAUCUCAUUCGAAUGAGUCCUGAAGAACUGGCUUCUAAGGAGCUAGCUGAUUGGAGACAGAGAGAGAACAGACAUACCAUAGAAAUGAUUGAAAAGGAACAAAGAGAAGUAGAAAGACGACCAAUUACAAAAAUCACCCACAAAGGAGAAAUAGAAAUUGAGACUGAUGCACAAGAAAAGGAGCAAGAGACACCUGAAGUUGAAGAGCCAGACCCAAAGAUUGUUGAAAAAGUGGAGAAAGUAGAGGAAGUCGAAGUAGAAAAAAAAGUUGAAAUUACAAAAGAUACAACAAAUCAACACAAAACACACCUGUUUGAUCUCAACUGCAAAAUAUGCACAGGCCGUAUGGCCCCACCUGCUGAUGAACUUUGUCUAAAAAAGGUAAAGGUUGCUUCUGGUGUGGUUCGAAAGCCAUCUGAUAAUGAUGCAGAGAAUUUUGAAGAAAGUUUAGCAGAAGCUCUCUCAGUAGCCAACCAGUUGGUUAUGGAGUCUGCAGAAGAAGAAGAAGAAGAAGAAGAAGUAACUCCAGACUCUCCAGUACGGACCCCUCCAUCUCCAGAAUCAUCCCAGUCAUCCAUAGAAAGGUUUGAAAGACCAGGCACUGCUGAAGAUGAAGCCACCUUCCUUGCCAGAUUAGACUUGAUUUGGAAAGGCUUUAUUCAUAUGUCAUCUGUGGCAAAGUUUGUAAGUAAAGCCUUCCCAGUAUCUGGUUCUCUGGAACAUCUUAAAGAGGAUUUACCCGAUGCUGUUCAUGUUGGAGGUAGGAUAUCUCCUCAGACAGUCUGGGAUUAUGUUGAGAAGAUAAGAGCUUCUGGAACGAAGGAAAUUUGUGUUGUUCGUUUCUGCCCAGCAACUGAAGAAGAUCAGAUUGCUUACACAUUGUUAUAUGCAUAUUUCAACAGCAGAAAGCGUUAUGGAGUAGUUGCAAAUAACAUGAAGCAAGUGAAAGAUAUGUAUCUUAUUCCAUUAGGUGCCUCAGAAAAAGUCUCUCACCACCUUGUGCCUUUUGAUGGACCUGGGCUUGAAAUGCACCGACCUAACCUUCUGCUGGGCUUAAUAAUUCGUCAGAGGUCAAAGAGGCAGCUAAGUACUGGUUUGACCGAUGAAAUCCAGGAAGAGAUCUUCAGUAGUUUAGCUUCUGAGAAAAGAAGCAAAAAGGAAGAUUUUAAAGAAGAACUGCUCGACAUUGAUGAUGGUGAUGAUACUGAUACAGAUGAUAAUGAUAAUGAUGAAAAUGAUUUCUUUAAUUCUGUAAAAACGGUGUUGCCAAAGCACAGAAACAAGAUUCAGGAGCUGGAGCCUGAUGGAAGUGAAAGUACAGACAGUGUUGGUACAGACACACCAAAACGUAGCAGGAUUGAGCCAGCAAAACCUUUAAGAUUUCUUCCUGGAGUACUUGUAGGUUGGGAAGGUCAACCAUUUUCUAUAGAUUUAGCCAGCAAACCACUGCCUGAUGAUAUACUUCAAGGUCUCUUUGACAACAACAGCACAGAUAGUAUUCCUGAGCAUCUGCCAGAUAAAGAAAGUGAAACUGGCUCACAGAAAACACUGCCAGAUGACGAGAUAGGCUUGAAAGAGAAAAAUGCAGCUUCUUCUGAGGAACUGAACACAGAAACUGUGCAGACAAAGUGCACUCUUGGUAAUUCUCAGAAAUCAUCCAGUGUAACGUACAAGGCAGAAGUAGAGAUGCCUUCAGCAGUGGAAGGAUCAGGUUCAGCAGGAGGUCUUGCAGGUCUUUCUCUAAAAGAUAAACCACCUGAUGUUUCAACAGAAGCCUUUCUUGCAAGCAUUUCUUCAUUGCAAACGGAAACAGAAACCAAAAACAGUCUAGAGGAAAUAGAACCAAAAGAUAAGCCAGCAGUUGCAUCAGUAACUGUUUUGUCAUGUUCUGUGAAAACUGAUGAAAAAAGUUCAGACACAGUUGCAGUAGAAAAUACAUCACCUAAGCCUUCUAGAUACUUACAUAUAAUUAAACGUAAACGUGACCCAAGACAGGCAGCAGUAAGGAGUCAGAAAGGCAGCAUUCUAGAUACUGCACAUGAGAAGGUUAGCUGUGGAGAACAAGAUGAUAAACAGAGUGAGGAGAACCAAAGCCAAAAAGUAGAACAGCACAUGGUUUCAGAAGGAGAGCAAGUUGUAGUAGAUCACAAGCAUAUUUCGGAAGAAAAGAGCCAUAAUUUUUCUCAGAGGGAUGAAGAUAAAUUCUCUCCAGAUACCCCUCAGAAGCAGACUACUCAAACCUUACAAGUAUCAGACAUGGAUUCCAGCCCUGGUUCCUUACACCAUGAAUCUGGAAAUUUUACGGAAUUAAUUUCAAAAGAUACUUCAUGUAGUCCAAAUUCAGAUGUAAACUUUUCUGCAGUAAGAUCUUCACAACACAGUUUCCAUGCACAUAAAAACCAUCCCAUGGGGCAUCAGUUUCAAGGAUCAUUUCCACCAAAUUUUCCUCCACAUAAUUUGCCAGUACUUGGAUUUCCACCUCGUUUGCCACCACCACCACCACCACCACCACCUGUUCCUCCUCCUGUGCCUUCAGGUUUUGGGUACCCUAGAGGGCCUUCCAUGGGGGUACGCCAUUUUGAUCCUGUAGCUCCAAACCACAUGGUUCCCUGGCCUCCACUUGUUCAGAUGCCAGGGCAUCCUGUUCCCUUUUCAGGACCUAUGGAACUAGACUAUCCAAGAGGUCCAGAAGAAUCCAGAUUUGUGGAUCCACAUAGAUUCCACCCAAAUAAAGGAGGUAACUUGCUAGAAAGACAUAACAGUGGUCCUUGGGAAAGAUAUGAUCAGCCCCACACAGAUAGAGAGUUUUAUAGGGAAAGGGGGGGACACAACAGACCUAAGUAUCACAGUGAUUUGCAUUACCAGAGGAAAGAAAGAGAUCAUGAACUUAAUUGGAAUUCUGAAAAGGUAAGAGAAAAGUCUUGGGAUCAUGAUUCAGAAAGAGAGCGACACAGACAAAGAGAAAGAAGAAGCAGGGAUGAAAUGGCCAGAGAUAGAUCAAGUGGUGAAAAAGUCUCUGAAGGGAAACAUUCAAGAGAUGAGCGAAGUUCAGAAAGGCAUGGAAGCAAAUCUAGAAGUGAGGAGCACCAUCAUGACAGAGAAAGGGAGUCAGAAAAAAGCAGGGACAAGCAUAGGCAUCGAGACAGGGAUAAAGACAGGGAAAGGGAUAAACACUCCAGAACUGAAGACCAUGACAGAAGAGACCACAGUGAGCGAUCAAAAAGCAAGCGAUAAAGACACUUGACUGGUACUUAACCUAGUAAACUGUUUAGAAAUUUUCAACAAGUCGCCUGCUGGAACUGUGCCAUUUUUUUCUGUUCAGUGUUAGUGUUUUGUGGGAACUAUGUUAAUCUUAAAUCUGCAGACAUGUACUGAUGUUCAGAUACUUUUUAAUGAUGCUACGAAUUCUCAAAAGAUAAAUGGUCUGUUUUAAAGAUUUUAUCAUACAAUUAUGAAUUCCAGGUGUUUGUACAUUUUAAUAUGCAAUAAGUUUCAAGAUGUUUGAUUCUGUGAUUCCAGAAUAGACUCCCUAGUAACAUCUUUCAGAUGAUUGUUGGAACAGGGUGGGUAGAAUGAGUGUCAGCUGUGUCCUUCCCUCAAGCCACAUCACAGUUAAUGUUACUGUUUUGUUUUGUUUUUUCGCCAUGUAAAACACAGAAAUUUCUGCUUCCACAAAUUUUCAGUCUGCAAGUAUACAGUCUGAUUUCAGAUAACUACUCACCCAAGCUAGUCUUUCUGGUGUAAAAUGCUGGGGUAAAGCAUUUAAAGUUUUUAUGCUGCUUGUAACUAGCCUCUUUUACUGCUGUGCCUGUAGAGUUUGAUUAAUGGUUUUACAGACCCAUAAUUACAUUUGAUUGACCUGCUCCAUAUUUCAGUUCCAUUAAAAAGUAAAGUAAAUUAACAAGAUUAAUAAAAGCAUGACAAUGCCUAGUAGGCCAAGAAUAAAAGGAACAAACAGAUAUAAGCUCCACAUUAAACAUGUACUCUCUUCCCUUAUCUUUCUGUGUCUCUGUAUACCUCCUAGAUUUUCCAGUAUGUUAAUUCAAGCAAGUUGAAUUUUCCAAUACGUGACUCUUAAAAUGUUCUGUUAAGCACAGUUGUUAAAAUCUGGUUUCUGAUUUCAUGGCCACAUCUUCAUAAGUAUAGAAAUGUUUUAAGAACAUUUUCUGGCAUGUUGUUUUCUUUGUUUAGUUAAUUUAAACAUUAUUUUCAGUAGUUAUUGUAAUCAUUUUAAUUGCACUGUUCUGAUUAGGGCUUUAGUGGAUUUUUAGAAUAAAUUCAGUUUCUGAGUAAGCAUAUCAUACAAUGAUACAUUGCUAAAUAUUAGUUUGAAAACAUUUCAAGAAUAAUGUAAAUAUGGCAGAACAGUUCAAAGCAGUAUCUUUGGAAAACAUCUUUACAUGCUAAAGUUUAAGCAGGCCUAAUUUGGUUGUUUAAAAUAUUCAUUAAUGAUUUAUGUGAAGAAUAUAUUAAACCUAAAGUUUGUAGUAUUGUCAUACAUUCACUCUGAAUAUCCUGCCUUGUGCUUUAAGAUUUGAGUACCCAGGUUUGUAAUUAACUGUUUUGUUAUAAUUUUUACUGAAAUAUUGUAAAUAUUUUAAGGGAUAUUUUUAUUGUAAAAGAAAACCAACUUUGGAUAA